CUCUCUCUCUCUCUAAACGGCAUGAUAUAUUUCUUUCGAAAUCUUUCAGAAAUCCUUGGAGCCAGUAAUGUUUGUUCACCACCAGUGACUUCGGUUAUAUCUGCAUUUUUUUUUUUUACAUGAACCAGAUUAGACGGUGGCGUUUCUUCUGUAAUUUUCACAGGAGUGCGCCUUGUUGCAUAUGCUUCGGUUGUUGCAUUUGCCUUGUCCUAUAACCGUUAAAAUUUUCCCUCUUUUUUUUUCUUCCUCAUGUUAAACGUUUAACUUAAGAAUUCUAUGUAUUGCUUUAUCAGUUUAGAAUGGUUUUGCGUAAGCAUAGACUAUAUGAAUUUGAGGUUUUUCCAAUCCCAUUUUUAAGCAUUAAUUUUGUUCUGUUUUUAAGCUGAUUUGAUACAUCUGGAACUUCCAACCAAAGAUAUGAACACUUGGACUUGUUUAGUUCAAAAUAUGGUUACAUUGAUCAAAACUCUAUAAUCUCAACCUUUUGCAGCUCUCACAAUCCCUGCAAAAGAAAUGCGGUUUCAAAUUUUAUUCAGUGUCAUUCUGAGAUAUGGGUUCUAAGUUGUCAUUCACCCCAUUUGGCUCUAUAUGAUUAUUUUGUAUUGUUUUGUUAAAAGUAUGAUGUUCAUAAGUUAUUGUUUGUUCGUUGUCUUCGAUUAGGAGAGACUCAAUUUUGGAGCAAUUGUGAUGUUUCUACCCAACUAAUCUUCUGUCAUUUUCCCCUGCAUUGAACAGUGAAUGAGAUGGACCUGAUUAGAAGGGGAAGUAGAAGGGAAAACGAAAUGGACUCCAGAUGCAAAGAUUAGGAUUUAGAAAAUUUGCCUAGUAGACAUCACACGUCCAUCAUUCAUCUCCCAGUCCUUUUUUUGGGGGGUGGGGGGGACAAGGGCGAGGUAGAAUAAGAAAUGAAAAGAAAAACAGAAAAUUUUAAUGUAAAUUACAAACACCCAUCUUGUUGGAAAACUUUUUUGCUAUAUUUACUGUUUUUUAAAAUGCGUCACCAAACAACAACAGUUUGUAAACUGCUUUUUUUUUUUGCCCAAAAAACUCUGCCAAACACAUACUUUGUUUGAAUUUUCUGAAACAUGACUGCAGAUGUAAAUCCUUUGAUAAUCUGAAUACCAUCCUUUUCUUUUCUUUCCUGCCAUUGCUUGUGCAGUUACUCUUAUUUAAGAAAAUUUCAGAGCCUUAUUGGUUUCGAGGCAUAUUGUUCUUGAUCAGAGAGAAAACUAAAUCCUUUAAGGAGGUCAUGGUCUUUGAUUUGGAUCCUUUUGCUGAUAUUAUUCCUGAGCAUGCCAGAUGUAAUGCCAGGGCUGGGGGCAAGUUCCAGCCAAAGUCCAAAGCACGGCCCAAAAAAGAAACACCAAACACACUACCCACCUGUCUCUCUUGUGCUACGGAGGGAAAGUCUGUCAAAACAACCUCCGGUCAUGAUGCUACAGCUAUAAAUUCCAUAACACCGGCCGCCAACCUUCAAGAUUCUGUAAAAUCUCUUUCUCCCGUGGAUCCAGGACAGAGUGGAUCAAUUGAUUCGAUUCAUGUAUCAUCUUUCUCUGUAAAUACCUCUAUCAUAAGGCAGUGUGUUAGAGCGGUAGAAGAUCCUUAUUCUAAACUUAUUGGAGCUGAAGUGCUGGCCAACAAAACAGAGACUUCCCAUUCUGGAGUUCAACUGUCUGAUGGUGACAGAAGGUUUGAAACUGGGGGCUCUGUAUCCGAAGUCACCAUAAGAAAAAAGAAUGCAGGCUCCACGAAUGCUCGCUUUUCAGAAGCUGCAAUCUCCAACAGCAAUAUGAGCAUUCAUUCUGGUUUUGGAAUGUUGGGAGUAGAGGCUGGCGACAUUUUUUUGGGGCUCGAAUCUCUUGACAACAUUCUUUUUCAAGCCAACACUUCAACUGUUGGUACUGAAAAUAACUUCCAGUGUAACAGUGAAGUGAGUUCUCAGCCAGGAAACAAGCUAAUAAUAUCUCAUCCUAUUACAAGUAAUGCUGUGGACUCGAAUGUUUCUCUUAGGGACCAAAUCUUUUAUUCUUCCAGCCAUCAGGACUCAGAGGUAGAACAUUGUAGUCGAGAUUCUUCUGUCAACUCUUCUACCUUCCUGCAAUGUAAUAAUGCCAAUGCAAUUGGUGUUCCUGCUGAAUCUAUUUUGCCCCAUGAGCCAGUAAACAGCAGUGAAGCUGCAGCUUGUGAUAGCAGCAGGCAUAUGCAGAUAGAUAGUCUAAGGUCUGCAAUAGAGGAAGCAGAGGCAAUUCAUGGGUUGGAAACUUUUGAUGUUAUUUCUGAAGCCACCAUUGCUCCUGUUAAGCAUAAGGGAACUUUCUGCUCCAUGAGCAAGGCUCAAGAUGAGAAUGAAAGGCCCAUCACUUCGCUAAGUUUUCCUGAUGCCAUGGAGUCCAUUUCUUGUCCUGGAGAUGCUCAAUUGACUCCUCAAAUCUACUUGGAUGAGAGUUCAGUUCCUACCUUUCAUCCUGAUUGCUCUCUUGAUUUCUCAACCAUGAGUUUCUCUGAUACUACCCCUUCAGAUCGUCCCCCUGAACUUCUGGUGACUGAAGGGCCCAGAAACCUUGUUGAGGCAUCUCACUCAGAUGUUGCAACAUCUGAAAAAGUGAUGGAUUUACAAGCUUCUGGUGGAACAUCAAGAAGAGGGAUUAGGAAAAAGAAACAAUCAACAGUAUUGGAAGGAGCAGUGAAAGAGGGCGAUUCUCAGAAUUUUGAGCAACCUUCUCAGAGGGGCCAGGAUCAAAGACCUGCAUCUACAGCUGUUGAUGAGAACGAAGCUAGUAUGUCAUCGAGGAGACUUAGAAAGAGGAUAGCUGUUUGUGUUCCCGCUGAUGAGAGAGUGAAUGGGAUUGGUGAAAGUGAGAAUGUUCAUGAGGAGGCUUCUAAUUGUUCUAACAUGGAAGAAGAUGAAGAGGGUGGUGAUGACGAAUAUAGAGUGAAGAACACGCCCCGGAAAAGGAGGGCACCAAGAAAAAUGAAGAAACAUGCACCUGAAAAUGAUGGACCAGUUCAAAAGCAUAAAAAGGCAUCUGAAGGACAGGAUCCAUCAGAGAAAAAAGUUGAAAAGAGGUUCUCUCAUUCUACUAAACGAAAGAGAAGACUUGUGGAUAAAGUUUUGCUUGAAACGCCCGAGGAUGAAAUCAACCCUCAAAAGCUGAUGAUUAGAGAUCUUAUCCUGCUUGCAGAGGCAAAGGAGAAGUUAUUGAAUAAAGAAGCAGCAGCAUCAAAAAAGUCCUUUCCCAAUAGAAGUGCUGAUAAUUCUGCUCCUUACGAUGCCUCAUAUAAUGAAGAUGACUCCUUUGCAUCAACGCAAGAUCUAAACUCAGCCGAUGACCAAGCAACUCAGCAUGUUCAACGAAGUUCCUCUAAAUUGAAUUACCAUUCCUUCAUGGACAGGACACCUUCUGAAACAUGGUCGAAACAGGACACAGAGCUGUUCUAUGGGGCUAUUAGGCAAUUCGGCACAGAUUUUGCAAUGAUACAACAAUUAUUUCCAGGUCGCACACGUCAUCAAGUGAAAUUGAAAUAUAAGAAAGAAGAACGUCAACAUCCUUUGAGGCUUUCUGAUGCCUUAACUAAUCGUUCUAAAGAUCAUUCCCAUUUUGAAAUAGUGAUUCAACGAUUACAAGCUGCUGCUCAGGCAGAGAGGAAUUCUGAUGGAGAUGUGGCCUCAGUUGCUAUGACAGAUGAGGAAGAAGUGACUUGUGAAGAAAAUGAAGAAGUAGAAAAAUCAGACGAGAAAGUAGAACAAGUAGAAAACAAUCCUGAACUCAAGGUUCCUGAAGUUCGUGAUACUGUGACGAUUCUUGACAGUGAAGAUGAUUUCUGUAGGUGGAGUCAAUAUAGAGGCGCAGAUUUUCUUACCCCGAAGAUGGGGGAAAGGGUGAGUAUGACUUGUAGUGUACUAACUAAUUUUGUUAACUGAAUACAACUUACGUUGUCUCCACUAGAACACUUGUAGGGAUAUUCAUUAAUUAUAAAUUUCUUUGGUGUACUUUGUAACUGACCAAAUGUUAAAAAUCUAAAAUUUUGCCUAUUGAAGUUGUGUUCUUUCUUGCA